AUGGACGACGCCGCCAAGGCUGCGAAGCGCGCCGAGAUCGAGGCCAAGGUGGCCGCGAUGAAGGCCGAGCAGAAGAAGCAGGAGGAACAGAAGGCUGCGUACUUUGGCGAGCACCAGGGCAUCACCUGCGACGGCUGCGGGGCGGUGCCCAUAAUUGGCUACAGGUUCAGGUGCAAGAACUGCCCCAACCACGACAUCUGCGAGGCUUGCCACGAGCGUUGGGACAACGGCAAGGGCUCGAUGGCAAACGGGCUCGCCAAGCAGCAGAUAUCUCUAGACCCAAAGGACCACGACUUCUUCAUCCACAAGGAGCGCGGGUUCAAGCCCCUCGUCAAGACCGCGGGACCGACGCAGAAGAGCGAGAAGAAGCUCAAGGUGAGCACCCGAACCCUCCAGGCUGCUCUCAUUCGCGAGACUCCCGCGCCCGAACCAAUCGUCAUCAGUUUUUGUACCGUCGCCCAUCGCGUCGACUCGCCCAACCUUCGUGCAACCCCGGCGAUGACUGGCGAAGAAGUGCGGCUGUGGAGCCUUCUCGUGAACGAGUUGCAGGGGUUAAGAGUUUUAUUCAUCGAAAUGAUGACUGUGGCAGUUUGGUCGAAAUAG